AUGGUUUCCAUGUUGGAAGGAUGCUCAGAAGGCUGUGGGAUUGCCGCGGCUCUCAUUGCUGUCUUUACGUGGGGGACCUUUGGGGUUCCUCUCAAAUGCAACGUCAAUGUGGAAGUGAAUUUCUUUGUCAUGCAAUCCUACAAGACGCUGGUGUGCUUUUGCACUUCCUGGUUGGUCAUUUUUCUGGGCGAGCCGAUUCGAUGGACGCCCUGGGGAAUCGUGUCGGGUCUCUUUUGGGUACCAGGUGCCUCGUGUGGUAUCUAUGCGAUUCGGAAUGCUGGAGUCGCAGUGGCAGUGGGGACCUGGUCCUCCAUUCAAGUCAUUACGAGUUGCAUUUUUGGAAUUUUGAUUUUUCAAGAGUCCGUCAAGGAUACGAGUCAAACCAUCAUGGCCAUUAUGACGCUCAUGGUAGGGUUGGUAGGAAUGAGUCGCUAUUCGGACUCCUCCGUAGUAGCAGCAGCUACUAAAGAGGAAACAACGGUGCCGGAAUAUGCGCCAGUCUUGUCCACGGACAGUGAAGAAGGAGUGGGGGUUCCAUCCUAUUCCCCAGCUCCUCGCAAAAUCAAACGCACCAUUAGUGAUGGCAUAACGGAACAACGCAAAGUGAUUCCUUUUGAACUGGAACUACAGGAUGAUAUUUCCCAGCCCUUGAUUGAUACUUCGAUGGACCAUCAGUAUGCUGAUAAUUAUGACGAUGCCAAGGAUGGCAAGGAGAAAAUGGUACGAAUCUUUAACGGCCGCAUCGUACUAACCCAACGACAAAUGGGACUUUUGGCAGCCAUUGUGAAUGGCGCCUGGGGUGGUUUGAAUUUGAUUCCACUGCACUAUGCCCAGCGAGACAGCGGCAUGAGUGGAGCCUCCUAUCUGAUUAGUUAUGCCACUGGCUCGUUGAUCGUCUGUGUUUCCAUUUGGAUUGGUAUGUUUUUGUAUCAUUUCAUGAACAACCAACAAAAUGUUCAAGAAGCUCUGGAUCAAUUACCGGCUUUUCAUGUACGAGAAUUGGGAAUACCCGGUGUUAUGGCGGGUUUGUUGUACUCAAUUGGCAACUUUUGUUCCAUUCUGGCAGUGGCCUAUCUGGGACAAGGUGUCGGGUUUUCCUUUUGUCAGGGCCAACUAUUGGUCAGUGGACUCUGGGGUGUCUUUUACUUUGGUGAAAUUCAGGGCCGGGAAACCAUUAUCAAAUGGUUUGGGAGUGCUGUGGUCACUGUCACUGGCAUCAUUUGGUUGAGUGCGAUGCAUGAAAAUGCGCCAGCACAUUAA